GAUCCACGACUGUUUGUGGGACACUACUGUGAAUAAUUAGCUGCCCCUUUCACCAACAAAAUGCACAGUCAAUUCACUUUAAAAUAUAUUCUGUGAAGCACUUUGAGACGUCUCAAUGACAUGAUAAGGAGGCCUCAGUGACGGAUGCGCAGCACCAUCACAUGUUCCCGACGGUAGAUGUGCCAGACCACGCCCACUACAUCAUCGGAGCCACCAUCCUGGCCGUGGGCGUGACCGGGAUGGUGGGCAACUUCCUGGUCAUCUAUGCAUUCCUCAGAAGCAGAAGUCUCCGUACGCCAGCCAACACCUUCAUCAUCAACCUUGCAGCCACCGAUUUCCUCAUGUCGGUCACCCAGUCCCCAAUCUUCUUCAUCACCAGUAUCCACAAGCGCUGGAUCUUCGGAGAAAAAGGCUGUGAGCUCUAUGCUUUCUGCGGCGCUCUCUUUGGCAUCACCUCGAUGAUCACGCUGAUGGUGAUCGCCUUGGACAGGUACUUUGUGAUCACACGACCCCUGGCCUCCAUCGGGGUCCUCUCCCACAGACGAGCUGGGCUGAUCAUCCUGUCCUUGUGGCUCUACUCGCUGGCCUGGAGCCUCCCUCCUUUCUUCGGCUGGAGUGCCUAUGUGCCUGAAGGCUUGCUAACCUCCUGUACCUGGGACUAUAUGACAUUCACACCAUCUGUCCGGGCUUACACUAUGCUUCUCUUCUGCUUUGUCUUCUUCAUCCCACUGGGAGUCAUCAUCUGCUGUUACAUCUUCAUCUUCAGGACCAUCCAAUCCACCAACAAGGCUGUGGAAAAAGUCGGGGGAAGCACCAACAGGGAAUCUCAGAAACAACACCAGAGGAUGAAGAACGAGUGGAAAAUGGCAAAAAUUGCCUUGAUAGUCAUCUUGCUUUUUGUUAUCUCCUGGUCCCCAUACUCCACAGUGGCUCUCACUGCAUUUGCUGGAUACUCCAGUAUUCUUACUCCCUACAUGAACUCUAUCCCAGCCGUCAUUGCCAAAGCCUCGGCCAUCCACAACCCCAUCAUCUACGCCAUCACCCAUCCUAAGUAUAGAAUGGCAAUUGCUAGAUACAUUCCAUUCCUCCAAAGUCUGAUGCGUGUGUCUCAGAGGGACUACAGGUCCUCAGUCAGCUACGUUUCAACCAGACGUUUCACUGUGACCAGCCAAACCUCUGAUGGGCAUCAGCGGGUCAGGAGCCGCGCGUCUUCUGCUUCAGAGAGCGAGUCGAACUGGACUGACAUUGAGGGAGACACCUCCAGCACCAGCUCGAGACCAGCCAGCAGGCAGGUGUCCAUUGAGUUCAGUAAAGACACAGCCGAGCUGAGUGACAGCAAGGCCAAGAUCAAAAGUCAUGUCUCCGGCAUCUAUGAAAAGACAUCGGCCGAUGCGGACGACAUCUCAAUGGUCGAAAUGGCUCCCCGAGAGCGUAACAGCUCCCCCCUCUAUGCAGCGGAAAGCCUGGCUGGUGCUGGGCUGAAGAAAGGAGACUUCACGUUCCCAAAGGCUCCCUGGAUCCCCAGUAUUGUAGUCACUCACAGCAAAAUUUCUGGGAGCAGCCAACCUCAGGAUCCAAGCUCUCUCCACAUGUAUCCAGCCCUCAGCACUGAGGACAGGGGAAGCUACAAGCAACUCAGACCUUUCUGUAAAAAUAUAAACAGCCCAGUUGCUCCAACUGCUAUUGAGACCACAGCUCUCUUCAGUCCAAACGUGCACAGCAAACAUACUCCACACAGAGGUAGACCAGGACCUGGCUAGUUGAGGAUUGAGGCUAUAUGUGCUCGUUUGCAGUCCAAACCAGCCAUCUUGUGCAAUUCAUAUUAUUCCCUACACUCGCCCUCCACUGCAUGCAAGCACACCAUCCUACAAGUAAGUGACCCCAUACUGACCUGCCCGCUCCCUCCGCUCAGCGGGCUCCGGCCUGUUCCACGUACCCACCCUAUCUACUCCACGAUCGGUGGUCAGGCUAUCAGCUUUUCUGCCUCCACCUUCUGGAGCUCCAUCCUACAGUCCCUCUGCCUUGCUCCCUCCCUUGCCUCCUUUAAGGCCCGUCUCAAGACCCACCUCUUCGACCACGCCUUCAGUCACCUUCCUAGCCCCAUUCUCCCUGCCCUCCACUCUUCCUGAUCCCAAUCCCCAGCUCGGGUGCAAAUCCUUGACUGUCCAGAGCCUUGGGAAAGGCGUUAUACCAACGUAAUUUGUUGUUGUUGUGACAGGUGGCAAUCUGAGUACCAUGGAAAUUUAUAACUCAGAAGAAGGUCAUUCGGCCCAUCAUGUCUGUGCCAGCUCCCUCAAGAGCCAUUGUUUCAGUCGUAGUUACCUGCUCUUUCCACGUACCCCUAAUAGCUGACUUUUUUAAGGUAUCCUGCCAAUUCUCUCUUGAAGACCAAUAUGGAGUUUGCCACCUCCACCACUCCUGGACAGAGCAUUACAUUUACUAACUACUCUGUGCGUGAAAACAAUUUCUUCUAACGUUUGUUCGUUUAAACUGAUGCCUUUAGUCACUGAUUGACCAACCAGUGGAAAUAAUUUUUCCUUAGUGACUCUAUCAAAAACCAAAA